UUUUUCAGAUUAAGAUAUGAAGAAGAGAAAAAACGUUGAAAGGAACUUAAGCAAAGCGAAAACUGACAUAUCGAAGUUUUUGAAAAUCAAUCAAGGCAUUGAUGCUUCGGAAGGGUCGGAGCUCAAGUCUGGUGGCAGCAGAAAAGAAUACCAACCAGACAGAAAGACUAUGAGAAAACAAAAACGGCAGAAGUUGAAAGAAAAACGAAGAAAAUUCCAUGAAGUAAAACAAGGAAACAUCAAAGUGCACGAAAACCUUGAGAAGAACAAUAAAAAGGAAUCAAAGCAUCGGACGACCAAAAAAUGUAAAUCAAGCUCCAAGCAGUCAAAACCAGCUGCUGCAGUCCCAGAAGAGCUUGAAUAUCUCGAUGACGGCAAGCUUAUAGAUGAUGCAGAAGUAAAACGAUUAUCAAAGAAAUUGAAGAUAAAACCAGGCAAAGUGCCCAAGUCAUUCUACGAAGAUGGUGAUCUGGGCACACUUUUGGAAUUAUGUGAACUGAAAUUUGAAAAUGAGGGGCUGGUUGAUUUCAACGACAAAGACGUACAGAAAGCAACUUCACUCGGUAAUGUCGACCAAAUGUCCGAUGAUGCAGAUGAUAAUAGCUCUGAUGAAAUUGAUAGUGAUCUUUGCGGGUCAGAUUCGGACGACGAGGAAGAGACUAAAAGCUCUUCAUUAAAGCGAAAAAAUCCAGAGAGAGAAAAAGUUACCCAGACUAAAAAGAGCAAAACAAACGAUUCGGAAAAGGAAACCUGUAUCAAUCAAGAUGAACUUAAACCUAAUAAAAGAAAGAGCAAAGCUACAGACAGUUCUGAUAAACCGGUGUCAGUUCCUGUUGAAGUAGGUCUAUCUGCGACUGAACAUACCAAUUUGAAUAAUGACGAAAUAAUGGAUGAAAUAAAACCAGCAAAAUUUGAUCCCUAUGCUGGAGCUUCGAAAUUUUAUGUUCCGCCGCAAAAACGACAAUAUGAUGUAACCGCUGAAAAGGUGAAAGAUUUUGACGCCAUGGUUCUGAGUGAAGACUUCAAGCGAAUCUAUAAGCAAUGUGUGGGGUUGUUUAACCGAGUAAGCGAAAGCAACUUGAACACCAUUAGUAAACAGUUGGAAGGCUUGUACACGAAGUUUGGGACCAGUGAAACGAAUGUAGCAGUAAGCAGGGCUGUGAUGAGUUUAUGCUGUCAGCCAUUUCAUGUUGCUGACAGAUUGAUAUUCGAGAAAAUUGCCAUGAUUGCUAUUGUACAUAAAAACACGCAAACAGACGUGUCCGCGCAGUUCACGCAUUCGGUUUGUUGGAAACUGAUUGAGUUCUGGCAAUCAAAUAAUAAUGAAGAUUCGGAAAAAUUGGUAGCAGAUAAAACAGGUGUAAACUGUAUUAAGUGUUUGUGUUAUCUCUAUGAUUUUGGGGUAUUGUCUAACAAACUUGUUUUCGACAUUAUUCGGAAAUUGUUGGGCGAUUUGUGCCAGCCGAACAUAGAUGCGUUGUUGGCUAUUGUUCUAAAUACUGGCUACAAUCUCCGGAAAAAUUGUCCGUCUGAUCUUAAAGAUAUAAUUUUAAACAUUCUAAAAACUGGAAACGAGCAUCUAAAGUCUCUAAGAGAAACCAGCAGGCCAAAGUUGGAACAUUUCUUGGACUUAGUGACAGCCCUGAAAAAUAACAAUCGUAGAAAGUUAGAACUAGUUGUAGAUUUGGACGCAUUGGUUGCAAUUCAAGACUUAGUUUCCGACCUUGCUUCCCGAAACACGUCGGAUGGAGGCGGAACUGUAAAUGUCUCACUUGAAGAAAUAUCGAAGGCAGGUGCGAAUGGCCGCUGGUGGAAUUUAGGCACCAAUGAAGUAAACUUAAACCCAAUUAACGACUCAAAUGAUAAAUUAGGUCAUUCGUCUAAUGAAAACGAUGAACUUAUUGAGCUAGCGCACAAAUGUGGGAUGAAUACACAAUUCCGCGAAAGUGUGUUUUGUGCUAUUAUGACUAGCUCUGAUUAUAUGGAGGCGGCAGAUAAAUUAUUUCGUAUGAAUUUAAAGAAACAUGCCCGAGAAAUUCCACAUAUCGUCAUCAAAUGUUUACUGCUCGAGGAAAAGUUCAAUCCAUUCUAUUUUCAUCUAUUGAAGUCUUUCGCAGUUUACGAAAAACAGAACAAAGUGGUAUUGAAAUUUGCAAUUGCCGAUAGGUUGAAGGAUCUCAAAAUGAUGAAAAACAAAUAUGAAAUGUCUGUUUUCGCCGAGCUGCUUGUCAAACUUCUUUUCGAAGAUAUGAUUCCAAGCAACCUUUUAUCGCUUUUACCGAUCGUCAACACGACGAAAAACUCUGUCUCGUUCGUAAGGAUAUUUUUGAAAAAGUUCCUUUUAUCAAAAAGGACACUACUGAAUAGUUUUCUGAAGCGGGCUACAAACUCAAAUGACAACCAAUAUCUAAUGAACUUAAACGUUUUGACCAAGCAAAACAUUAUAGAGAGGUUUCAGAAACUGAAAGAUUUGAGCGAAUUGAAGUGUAAACUUUUGUUAAAUGGUAAAUUUGUGUGUGAAGAAAUUGAUAAUUUAUCAUAAUCAAAAUUUAAUUUUUACAAUCAGUGUCUUUA